AUGUCUGUCCCUCGCUCUAGAAUUCUAGACCUUGUGAAGGCUGGUUCUGCCCAAUGUCGGAUUUUCUCCCACACCUACAACCCAGGGCAACAACGACUUGGGAAUAAAGUUUUACGUCAGCGAUUACGAGGGCCCGCACUGGCGGCGUAUUACCCGCAAAGGAUAGGCACUCUGAAGGAAUUGGAAGAUGCUUACGAUGCUCUUGGGCUCCGGUUUGUGGAUUACCCGGAAGGGAAGCGGCUGGCUGUCAUAGAGAAACUUCAAAGCCGUGGGAAGGGAGCCCCUAAGAAGAGACGCACUGCAGCAGAGUCGAGAUCGGCCAAGAGACGGUAGUCGGCUACCUACAUUCACAUGUAUACUAGUGCUACACGCUGUCAUUUCGGUGGAUCAUUCAUAUGUCUAUGGGUAUUAUGAUGGUUUUUUCUCGGCAUUCUACCACUGAUGCUCAGUUUGAGUGGUUAGAAGGAGUUGUCUUGGUUUUGUUUAGGCAAUUAUAUUCUACUAGAAGGUUGGCAUUCACAAAUAUACCCAAGCCCUUGGUGGCGUUUCCAGAAAAUUGCUCUUUCACCAUUAUGGAUGCAAAUUAUCCGCUUGUUUUAUU